AUGUCUGCGACUUACAUACCACAUGGAGAUUCAUUCGGACCCGGAGUAGGUAUACCUGGGUUUGGAAGACAAGAACCAAGCUUCACUCGCGGUGAUAGUGCAGAAUUCUCAGCUGUGUCUGUGUCAACUCCUGUGGACGAUGGUGGCAGCUAUUACCAGAACCGAUCUCAACAUUACCAGACACAAACACCAGUAAGCCGAUUCAACGACAUUCACCUGCCAGAUUACAGUGCUUCGGGACCUCCUACGGCUACUAUACUUAACCCGCAACCGUCUAGCAGAGGCCUCAAUCAAGCCAGUAAUACUGGUACUCCAAUAUCGCCUAACGAUGCUGGCUUGGAGUGGACCAUGGAUCGUGUUCUUUUAUGGCUUGCUAACAAUCAAUUUUCAAAGGAUUGGCAAGCAACGUUCAAAUAUCUGAACAUUUGUGGUUCGGUUUUUCUUGAGCUAGGAAGCGGACACGGAGGAAGAGGCAACUUUGGUAUGAUGCAUCAACAAGUUUAUCCUCGUCUGGCAAAAGAAUGUUCGAAUAGCGGCACAGGUUGGGACCAAGCAAGGGAGCGGGAAGAAGGCAAGCGCAUGAGACGUCUGAUCAGAGGUAUUGUCACGGGCAGAGCACCAGAUGUGACCAAAACUCACAUCCGUCGAGAAUCUUCAAAUGCCAAUAUCCCCAGCGCAGGCACGGAGGGGACUCUUGAGGGCUCACCAAACCUUGGUAGAGAAGCUCAAGUGUCGACGCCUAGCACAGCCAAUGGAGAUGAUGAUAGUCCGGGUAAAACAAUGUUCAAAGGACCAGGGCCCGGGUUUUCAAGCAGAAGAGUUUCUGCACGAAGCACCACAAUGCCGAUUUUGAGUAGUAGUAAUGGGCCUCUGGCAGAAUCGGAUUCUGUGAGUAGGAACGGUCAUCGAAAUGCUCUACGAAACAUUGAUGGAGGGCGCCACAGUCCAAGUGCAAGUAGCGACACGGAAGGACCAUUUCGCGCACCAGCUCUCCGGGUUGAUGGUAGUCCCAAUCCGGAUAGUCCAGGUGGCACUUUUGUAUCGAUGAACGCAUCGAGCACAGGCAAUUUGUCUGCUUCGCCUCGCAGUGCAAAGUUCGGACAUCGAGCAAGUAAUAGCACGGACUCCAUCUCAUCCAGUGCAGCUAUAUACGGCUCUGGAGUUCCACCAGGUGCAAGUCAAAUUCUACGGGGGGGAAUGGGUGGAGCUGUAGGAGAGCUGAAUCUCGUUCGCAAUCAAGACACCCGUCGUCAUGGAGUCGACGGUGCCCGGCCUUCGCCAUUGGAUUCUGGUGAGCGAUCUGCUAGUCUGGAACAGCCUGGCUCCGCGAAAGAAGGCAAGGGCUUUUUGAUGAAGCAUUUCCGCAAAAAGAAUAGAAAAGAAGACGGUGCAGGGCCUUCUCCCGAAGAGCCAAAUCUCGAAUCACCUACAAGUCCCUCUUUGAACUUCAAAGCCGCUCCCUUUAUGGGUAAAGUCAGCAAUUCGAGCGAGACUUCUCUGGAUCGGCCAUCUUCAACAUUUUCCGCCUCAGAAUAUGAUCGGUUUGCACAUACUACAGGGUAUCGCGGAAGGCGUAAUGUGCCAGGGCGAAACUUCAUACUCGCAACUCUAGACGGAUGGAACUACCGCAUGUGUGAAGUUACUGACUUGGAUUCUGCCAACGAGAUUCGUGGUACAAUCUGCUCGAGCCUCGGACUACAUGACAGCGAAUUUGUUAAAAUUUAUCUUACUGAUCUAGGUAGAUCCGAUCAUGAUGAAGCACUAGACGAUCAGAAACUACUUAUCCACAGACGAGCAAAAGCAGAUCAGUCUGGGAGUCUGAAAGUAUUUAUCAAGGCUCCUGCUAAUGCGUACACAUCUGGAGCCCAGACUGUGAGUCUAGGUAUGAACUUUGGUAACAAACUCGGCCUAUCGCCAGGCCUGCCGCCAACAGCACCACUGGACGAAGAAGCAUACGCUGCGCUCAAUGGUGCCAGAAGGCGGUCCAGCUCAUCCCCUCCUAGCUCUCGCCAAAAUACGAUCAAGGCUAGCAUACCACCAUUAAGUCAUGAGAGUCCUGAGUUACCUUCCUCGGACAGCCAGACUGAUGCUCUCCGAGAUCGUCUUAUGCAGUUCAGGUCGUCUCAAGCAACAGGCGAGAGCCAGCUUCCUGAAGCAGAGAGACAAGCGUUUAUGGAAUUAGCUGCUGCUGAGCAUAAAGCUGAGAUGGAGCGCAGACAAAAGGAGUACUUGGCUAAAAAGAAGGCAAGCAAGGAGACUCCUUCCGCUGAUGGGGCAUUUGGCAUUGUUGGUCGCAAUGUUGAUUUUGAUCAGCCACGAAAUUCUCCAUUCGAAGACAAGAAACCCGACAGCCUCUUCCCCCAAAGGAAGCCGCCUCGACCGCCUGCGGAGUCGGCAACUUUGAUUAAAGCCAAUUCUCUGAGCAAGAGAUCAGGCCAGCAAGCACGUCUAUCGUUGACGAGCAUUGACAGCGACGAGAAACGUAUGUCCGGCGGAGACCAGUUUCCUUCCACCAUUCAUGAAUUGUCUGAAUAUGCUAAACGCAAGCCUGUACCUCCCUCACCGUCUGGUGGCGCAAUUGCAGCUCUUAUCGGGAUGGGAAGUCGAUUGGGUGGAGUCGGGCACCCAAGCCCAAAUACAGCCUCCUCAUCACCAAAUAAAAGAUCUCCGCCUGGUGACAGUCCUCAGUUCGAUCGAGGUAGAAGUGCAAUGGCAACUGUGGAUUUCGGUACAUCUGCUUCCGGCCGAAGCAGCCCUAGGUCUGCAAGUGGCACUCCCGGCAGCACAACAUGGAGCAAAGGAGAAACAGCCUUCACUGUGCCAGACUAUGGAGAAGAAGGAAACCAGUUGAUCGCCAAUGACUUGAUAGCCUCAGGUAGAAUGCCUGAGAAUUCGACGGUCACCAAGUUACGAGAGGAGGACAUGAAGAGAGCGCCAUCUCCAGGUGAAUUGAGUCCAAGCAGUGCCCAUACUCCUUCCGGCAUGAACAUUCCCGGGAACAGAAAAUCCUAUGGUCCCAACUUGGACUUCACAGAAUCGAACAUCAACUUCAAGAACUCACCUCAACAAGCACCAGAGAGCGAUUCGGACGAUGAUUCGGAUGACGGCCUCUUCGCUGUACCGAUAGCAUCUCGUACACCCGUCAAGAAAUCUAGUCUCAGGAGAGUCAAUGGCGGAGAGGACAAGUCAAGCGAUACAGAGGGCAUUGGUAAACGACCAAGUUUGACGAUUAGGACUUCGCGCUCGAAGAAAGGUUUAUCUGUUUCAUUCUCCUCGCCACAAAAUGGCGGGAACACUGCCAAUACUCCAAGAGCACCUGACUUCGAUGAUGACAAUUCUCGCAGUGCUGGCAAGAGACCACAACGCCGUAAUCCUAAUUCUGCGGCCUCGAACUCUGAAGGCGGGUGGUCUGCAGAAUCUUCAGAGGAUAUGAGCGCCAAAUUGCUUCGUCGUGAAUCUUUUGCUAGAGAAGAUGUCUGGGCAAGCAGACCUCCUGCGGAGGCGCUUAUCAACCACCUCGACGACUUCUUCCCGAAUUUGGACCUGGAUCAGCCUGUACUGGAGGAAAGUAGCGGAACAUCACCGCCUGUAUCGCCGAUAGCAGAACACCAGACCUUGGAACAACUAGCUGCUGGACAAGCAGGAAUGAACAUGGGCGAGCAGUCGUCGACAGGCACCAUGCGAUCAAAUCUAUCCUACAAUGAUGGAGAUACUUUAGGAUCGGACGAGUCAACUUUGAAAGCAUUAGAAAGGCCUAGCUCCAUUCAAAGUGUCGCUCAGCGGAACGUUCGUCGUUCCGGCGGCUUGGGUAGGAUGAAGUCCAUUCGUGAGGUUGCAAGAGGAGCCCACGAAGCGAACAAGCGAUAUACACAAGUUACUGCGCCUAUCCAGCAAGGUGCUGCAUCCAGCACUAUUCUCCGACGUAAGAGUACGAAGAUGUUCGGUGCCAAUAUUGUCCAGAUUAAGCCUCAGCGUGGCAGCAUGAUACUUCCACAGAUUCCUCAAGACACCAUCCCCAAACGGCAAGCAACUUUCCGUUGGUUCAAAGGUCAAUUGAUUGGUAAAGGUACAUACGGUCGAGUAUACUUGGGAAUGAAUGCAACGACUGGAGAAUUCUUAGCUGUCAAACAAGUCGAAGUCAGCGCUAAAGCUGCUGGAAACGACAAAGACAAGAUGCGCGAGAUGGUCGCAGCACUUGAUCAAGAAAUUGAUACUAUGCAGCAUCUCGACCACGUGAACAUCGUCCAGUAUCUUGGUUGCGAACGGAAAGAAAUGUCGAUCAGUAUCUUCCUCGAGUAUAUUUCUGGUGGUAGCGUUGGAAGUUGUCUUCGGAAACACGGCAAAUUCGAGGAGACAGUAGUCAGCUCGCUCACGAGGCAAACUCUCUCGGGCCUAGCAUAUCUGCAUCGCGAAGGUAUUCUACAUCGAGAUCUCAAAGCUGAUAACAUUUUGCUGGAUCUCGAUGGAACCUGUAAGAUUUCUGAUUUCGGUAUCUCGAAGAAGACCGACAAUAUUUAUGGCAAUGAUGCAUCGAAUAACAUGCAAGGUUCCGUGUUCUGGAUGGCACCAGAAGUUGUUCGAUCUCAAGGCCAAGGAUACUCCGCCAAGGUAGAUAUCUGGUCGCUCGGCUGCGUUGUCCUCGAGAUGUUUGCUGGUAGACGACCUUGGAGCAAGGAAGAGACCAUCGGCGCUAUCUACAAGCUUGGCAGUCUGAAUGAAGCACCUCCAAUUCCAGACGACGUCUCUCAAACGAUCAGUCCAGUUGCCGUAGCCUUUAUGGCAGACUGCUUCACCAUUGAUCCUUCUGAACGUCCCACAGCAGACACACUUCUAUCUCGACAUCCAUUCUGCGAUUUGGAUGCCAAUUAUAAUUUCCUCGACACCGACCUCUAUGCAAAGAUUCGCGGUGCAUACUAA